AUGACAAACAAGAAGGGGCAGCAGGAAAUGGUCCAGGUUGGUAACUCCGAACGUGCAGAUUCUCCUUUCUGGUCAAAUAGGACCGCAUCGUUGAACCAAUCGUCUCCGAAGAGCUAUGGUCAGAACACGGUGGUUGGCGCUUCCUACUCCCAUGCAAAUCUUAUGCAAGGCACAUCAUCCCACCCUCGCCCCAGGACGCCCCCGAAACCCUCCGCCACCAAUGCGCCCUCGCAUUUGGCUCACCGAUCUGGAAACGUCGCCUCUCCUCCAAGAGAACCAUACCCAAUCAUGGCUGACGGAGUACAUGAAUGGAGUCGGGAUCCAACCGAAGAAGAUGACGAUGACGAUGACGAUGAUGAAAUGGUGUAUGAUGAUGACGAGGAUGAAUUUGGGCUUCCAAGUCUUGCAAGUAUGAGACGGAAGAAGACGCCUUCCAUGAAAACCAAGAAAAAUGAUAGCGGGGGACUUAUGGGAGGAAAACCUGGCUCCCUUGGCUUUGGGCUUUCGGCCAACAAUCGACAACGGGCAAACAGCUCAGAUAUCGCCGAAGAACGCGGCACUCCCAUGUACCCAACGGCGCGUAAGAGUGAUGAAAAGAUCCUUCGACCGCAGUAUAAGGAUAUUCUGCAAGAUCCCGCAAAUGCUUUGAAUCUCAUCAGUCACACCACACCCCCCACCAGCGCAUCCCCCAAAGAAAGGGAGAUUCAUUCAAGUCGCAUUUCCCGAAUCAAUAAGUUCAAACGCAUUCUUCAGGCUAGCACUGUGUCUCUUACUGAACUCCGAGAUCUGGCAUGGUCUGGAGUGCCCGAGGAGGUUCGGCCGAUGACUUGGCAACUUUUACUCGGCUAUCUGCCCCCGAAUAGUGAACGACGCAUUUCGACACUGGAGAGAAAGCGCAAAGAGUAUUUGGAUGGAGUUCGGCAGGCCUUUGAACGAGGCAGCGGCGCUGCCUCAAACCCCCCUGCUUCAAGCACCGGACGGGGUAGGGGACUGGAUGAGGCAGUUUGGCAUCAGAUCAGUAUCGAUGUCCCGCGUACGAGCCCUCAUAUUCCACUUUAUGGAUACGAAGCUACUCAGCGGUCUUUGGAGCGUAUUUUAUAUGUGUGGGCCAUUCGCCAUCCGGCCAGUGGUUAUGUCCAGGGCAUCAACGACCUGGUAACACCAUUUUGGCAAGUCUUCCUGGGAGUUUACAUUACAGAUCUUAAUGUGGAAGAGGGCAUGGAUCCCGGCCAAUUACCUCGAAGUGUCUUAGAUGCCGUGGAGGCUGAUACAUUCUGGUGCCUGACAAAGCUUUUGGACGGAAUUCAAGACAACUAUAUCUACGCGCAGCCCGGUAUUCACAGACAAGUUCGAGCGUUGCGCGACUUAACCAAACGAAUUGAUUCCGCUCUUGCUAAGCAUCUUGAGCAAGAGGGUGUUGAGUUUAUGCAGUUUAGUUUCCGGUGGAUGAACUGCUUGCUCAUGCGGGAAAUGAGCAUCAAGAACACGAUACGCAUGUGGGAUACGUAUAUGGCCGAGGAGCAGGGCUUCUCACGAUUUCAUCUGUACGUGUGUGCCGCAUUUUUAGUUAAAUGGACGGACCAAUUGGUGAAGAUGGACUUCCAGGAGGUUAUGAUGUUUCUGCAAGCAUUGCCCACCAAGGGUUGGACUGAGAAAGAUAUCGAGCUUUUAUUGAGCGAGGCAUUCAUCUGGCAAAGCCUUUUUCAGGAUUCCGCUGCUCAUCUUCGGCCUUCUGGUGACGCGCCUCCUGAAAAUGGUAUCUUUUAUUGA